CAGCCUCGAUGAAUACGCAAAUAGCGCUACAGGGGAGGGUGAACAGCGGGUGUCGGAAUAGGAGGGAAGUGUUCGUGAAACGUCUGGUUUGAAUAAAAAAAGGAAAUGAAAAAAUUUUGGUAGCUAAUGGAGUGGGCAGCUGGAGGAGGCGAGUCCAGUGUAAUGUGAUAGAGGAGAAAGGGAGAAGAGCACAGGAGUAAAGCAAAUUUCUGCCGAACGCCAGUGCAGUGGCGCGUUCCGUCAUAUUCUCCCGAUCAGCGUUCAAUCCGGUUUUAAUAAUCGGAGCCCCGGUCGCUCCGUGUUCGCGCCGAUUCCACGCAAGCAAGUCACUUCGCCCGGACGUCGGAUCAUGAUCCGAGGGUGUGAGUAAAACCUCUGGACACGCGCGCUUCUCCGCUCUUCACCAGGAUCAUGGGCUCGUGGCUCGUGGCGGUCAUCUUACCGUGGGCGCUGCGGUAUGCGACGUGCCGUGAGGUCGCUCUCCCCCCCGGACCCUUGUACCGCGUGGCCGGGUUUCCUUUAUCCCUGCCGUGCUCGGUGUCUGGCUACGAAGGCUCCCGGACCCAGGACUUCGAGUGGUACCUGUACCGCGAAGACUCGGGAGGGCGGCAAAUCGGCGUGAUUUCCACACGGGACCGGGGCUUCUCUUACGCCCCCUACCAGCCGCGGGUGCGGUCGGGCGAGGUGCGAGUGGAGAGAGAGUCGGGCGACCAGGCGAGGCUGGUGGUGCAGCGGCUGCGCCCCGAGGACCAGGGCCGCUACGAGUGCUACACCCCCAGCACGGACUCGCGCUACCAGGGCAAUUACAGCGCGUCCGUCUCCGUCAAAGUGAUCCCGGACACCCUCCAGAUAAGCCACUCCCGCUCGCUGAGCGGCCAGCCGUUGACAGAGGGAGCGGAGCUGCAGCUCACGUGUGAGGCCACCGUCCGGUCCAAACAGCACACGCACCUCUCGGUUACGUUCGGCGUGCGUGGCGGAAGCGUGCCGGGUUCGGGGGCCGCCGGACAGGGCCACAACCUGAGAGAGAUCGUUUCCAUCGGACGGGACCUGGGCGUGGCUCCCGGGCGGGCCGGGGACUAUGAGCAGCGAUACGGAGAGGGCGAGAUCUCCCUGGAGAAGAGGAAAGGUCCCGGAGAUCGGACCGUGUACGUGAUGCGGAUGGCCGCCGUGGCCCCUGGCGACUCCGGGGCCUACUUCUGCGAAGCGACCCAGUGGAUCAUGGACCCCGACGGAGGGUGGGAGCGGAUCGCGCAGAGGACCAUGGAGCUGGGCAACCUGACUGUGCAGCCGCUAGCGGACACCCUGACCGUCACAACGGUGCCCAGGGGGGAGGUGACGCUUCCCGCCGGCUCCCCUCUCAGCCUGACCUGUGUGGUGCGUGGGGUCGGUGCCUGGAAUCGCUCUGCCCUGCUGGUGCAGUGGAUGAAGCGGGGCGCGGCGAGCGGCGAGGACGGCCCGGGCGUGGGGGCGGAGGUGGAGGUGGCCCGACUCGGCCCCGACGGCGCGGUGAGCUGGGGCGACGACGUGAGCCGAAGGGGAGGAGGCUCCAUGGAGAAGGAAGCCGAGGGCAGGUACUCCCUGCGCCUCUUCUCGGCGCACCCCAGCAAUUCGGGCGUUUACCGCUGCACCGUCAGCGUGUUCGCAGGGCGUCGCAACCCUGGACCUUCCAGUCCUGCCACGGUCACCCAGAGGUCUGAUGGUGUGAGCGUCACCCUCAGAAUCAAAGAGGUACGCGUGUCGGCGGUGGCGGCGCUGGCCCGCGGUCCUCUUCUGAAGCGCGGCGACACCGUCGCUGUGAUGUGCAACGUCUCCGUGGCAACCACGGGUCCCUUUCAAGUGGAGGUCAGGUGGUGGCAGAAGAGGGACGAGCCCGAGGGGCCGGAGGAAGAGUCCGCGGGAGAUGGGCGUGGCCGGGUUCUGGCCGUGCUGACGUACGAGGGCUUCUCGCGUCUUUACGCCAACGGCAGCGACGUGAGCGUCGACCGGCUUGCGGCCGACAGCUACAGGCUUCGGGUUCACGCCACCCAGGUGGAGGAUCAGGGACACUAUAUGUGCCAGGCAGAGGUGUGGGGACAGGACCCACACGGAGGGUGGUACAAUACCGGUGUGGGGGUGGAAUCGGCUCCUGUGCGCGUCUACUUGUACUCCCGAGCGGCUGAUCUCCUGCUAAUUCCCCUGGUGGUGGGAGUGUCCUCGGCCCUCUUUGUGGGCGUUCUCAUCGUUGCCACUGUCACCUGUUGCUUCAUGAAUCGACUGGCCAGGCAGCGCUCCCCGAAGUAGCUCAACGGUUACCGAAGGUUAAUUUGAAAUAAAUUAGCAUCAUUUAGGUUCUCAAGGAAAUCCCCAAAAUUAGAAGCUCACUAAGUGAAAGAGGAUGGAAGUGACUUUAAUACAAGAUGUGUUUUGGACUUGGAUACACAGAAUGACUCCUAACCCUCUCCUUUGUGCCAAUUGUUCAGAAUAGCGACAGUAUCCCAAGAAAGAUCCUCCGAUGAGAACGGGAAUUUUCUCCAGAACCACAGCCUCUGUUAAAAACAACUUCUUUCUUUCUUUUUUCUUUUUUUUGCUUCCCUGAUUUGUGUGUGAUUUUUAAAAACCCCACAUAGUGCGUGAGACACAGAUGUGCCCAGAUCUGUUCAAUUGGAACUGUGGUUCCGGCCUGGGAAACGUAGCAGUAAACGUGCAGUUGGUGGAUGGUACUUCCAGUCUCUAGCUGAUGAAUAGUGUUUUUGGUAGCACUUCUUGUCUGUCUCUUCCUGAAUAAUGGCUGCUUAUCUCCUGAACCAUUGUGAAUAGUGCCCUAAGAUGACCUGCUGGAGGCUAGUAGCUGUUUGCUGGAGUUCACCAACUGGCUAAGAGGAGGAACCACUGAAUGCUGUCACUUGUGUCCCUAAAUGGUGAGGAAAUCUGUGAAAACGUGUAGUCGCCCUUCUGAUUCUAUCGGGGGGGGGGGGGGGGGGGGGGGUGUGUGUGUGUGUGUGUGUGUGUGUGUGUGUGUGUGUGGAGGGACACGUAGACCCCAACUCCCAAGUGAACCGCUGCCGUCGCCAGCCGAUCAAGAGACGCCACGAGCGGACAGCCGUGCCGCCAGCAGCGGCGCACGACCAAACGCAAACGAAACCGUUCCUUUACUAAAUAAGGCCGUUCCAACCGUGAACGUGUGCGCCAAGCGGAAGGUCAAGCGCCGGCCGCCAACGUCGUCCAAUGUGUGCUUUUGCAAGCAGUUCUAAUGUAAGCACACGGGCACUUAAGAGCAGCGAGUGUUCACUUUCAGGGCACUGGAGUUUAUGUGAGAGCUGACAGGUCCAAACACCCAAUUUCUGAACGAGAGGCUGCUGUUGCACUUGUUCUUGGCCUCUCCCCCCCCCCCCCCCAAACCAGUUCGUUGUUAGUGUGUUGUACCACGGUUCAAGAAUGACCAGGAAUCGGAGUUCCUCCUGGUUCACUUGUGGUGAAUUUUUUUUUUUUUUUUUGGAUGCUUCUUUUGCUUGAUCACUCCAUCGGUGUUAGAUGACAAAAUGUUUUUUCCUAAAGAUGCGUUUAUAUCUUGGCUCGUCACCGCAGUGCUGCCCGGCGUCAUUCUGUGAGCCGCGUUCCUUGAAGUGAAACGUCGUUCCGUGUAACUCGCUUUGGGCUGUGAAUAGACUCGCGAGCACCCGCCCGGUAGCUCGCCGCCGUCGUGUUCGUGAUCCGUGCCGUUGAGUGGCUCUUCCUCGGCCCGUCUUCGUGAUGGAGGGGGACGCAUCCAUGCUGGCCUGUUCCUCAGAAACGGAGCCGUUUCUGCGACACAGGCACAACCUGCCUUUUUUUUUUUUUUUUGUUUCGUUUGCCCCACUCGCAUCCACCCUUAACCUUUAACGUGAAGGUUUCCCCGUGACUUUCUAAUCCCCCAUCAUAACCGCCAGUUAUCGACUCGUCGUGCAUUACGAAAUAAGACAAGGGACUGCUUUCAAAGAUGUGCGGUUACAGGGUUGAAACUGUGAAAGCUGAUUUAUGUCCUAAACUGAACGAUCCACGUGAUGAUGAUGAUGCCUAGAAACGGUUAUGAAUGGAAAUGGUCUCUAAUCCCUUGAUUAUGCUCCCUGGGUGUCCCCCCCCAUUAUGGACAGUGUGAAUCUGUGAUUUUCUGCAUAUAGCCUUUCAUUAAAAAAAAAAAACAAAACAUGCCAUUCCUUUUAUUUUAAUUUUCUUCCUAAAUCAAAGCACAUAGAUGCACUUGCCGAUGUUUGUUAGCAUUGUUAUAAACAUAAGGCACUCAUGUUGUUUAAGCAAGUCUUUUUAUUGCACUGCUUUAUGGAUAACUAUUUUUGAGAGUUAAAUCUUUUUAAACAGUGAUGCAUUUUAAAUGUUCACAAUUAUUUUGUGUACUGGUGCUUUGGGUAUGUACAAUAAAAUU